AUGUCUCUCGAAGAGAAGUUUCCCGCGUAUGGCGGGCGUGGACCUGGCGAUUUGCGCCUGGGAAUCACCCUGGGCGUCAUUGCCACCAUUUUCAUGGUCCUGCGUGUCUAUGUUCGAUUGCGAAUGAACAAGUUUGGGACAACCGCACUCAUUUGGUCUCUCAUUGCUUGGUUGUUUACUACUAUUACGCAAAUCUUCGGUAUUCUAUCCGUGCUUCACGGCCUGGGCAAUCACAUCACACUCAUUAUCAAAGUUGGAGAACUGCAUAACUUUCUUCUAUUCACCUGGGUCACUGUUUUCUUUUUCAACCUUGCCAUUCCGACCGGCAAGGUAGCCGUAGCCGCGUUCUUGAUUGAAAUGAAUGGCCAGAGCAAUCCCAAAGUCCGUCGCAGUCUCGUCGCCGUUGCUGUUCUGAACAUCAUCCUGAAUAUCCCACAAGUUCUGAUGGUUUGGUUCCAAUGCAGUCCUGUCGAUGCCCUAUGGGACCCUGUUCGCCAGGAUCAGUGCGACCACCGAAGGAGCGUUUACUAUACAUAUUUUGUGGGGGCUAUUGCGGCAUUAUCGGAUUUCUACCUUGCAAUCGUCCCAAUCCAUAUGCUCCUACCCUUGCGUAUUGAUCGCAAGCUCAAAUGGGGUCUCAGCUUCCUUAUGGGAUGUGGUAUCUUUGCUGGCGCCGCUGCCAUCGUUCGAACCUGGGCAGCAAAAUAUAUUCUGACAGAAGACUCCUCUUAUGGAGUCGGAGUACUAUUCUGCUGGGGCGAAGUCGAGGAAUGGAUUGUUUUAAUUACCAUGUCCAUCCCACCCGUUUGGCCUCUCUUUCGACCAUUCACACAUCGGUUCAUCAAAUCGAAUAUCACCAGAAGCCAUCCACAGGGCUACAAUUACAACUCAAAGCAACCGUACAGUACAACAGCUGUUGGCGACCAGUCCCCCGGAUUUCCUCCGCCCCUGGUUACUACUACAAUCUCUAUCUCCUCUACCAAAGGUGCAACGACAACUGCAGUACCGUCGGAAGCCAGCCCACGAGUCUCGCACGAGCAGACGCCUCAUAACAUUUUGAAUAACAAGAAUACUUCGGGUGCUUGGGUGGAAUUAUCUCCAAUAAAGGACCCUCGGCUGUCGCCAUGA